UUGGCCUGGCUCGAGACAUGCUCUUCUAAUCCAUCCUCAGCAUUCCUUGCUACAACAUCUAGAAAAUACUCUGAUCCUGAUAACCAUAUGGAUGACGAGCUGCAAGCCACUGCUGCUAUAAUGGCCCUCGAUCUAAGCAGCCCAUCUAAGCCGUAUUUGUGUCAUAAUCCUUUUUCUGGAGGCUCAUUUGAUGGCUGGACCUCAAUCGAUAUCGAACUGGCCUUCCGAAUAGGUUUCUUUGGCCUUAGUCUUCCUCGUCCUCCAGCGUCGACACCCGCCCUCGAAGUCCGUCUCUUCGAUCAAGAGACCGUUCUUCUUACAAGGUUAUGUCGUCUGCCCAUCGAGCUAAUCUGUCCCCAUGUUAUUGUAAGUCUCCGACACGAAGCCGAGCGUCUAGCAAACUCCGACAUCACUCAUACUGGUAAUUAA